GAGGAGAUGGCCUCCGUCAACUUUGUACCACACGGACACCUCAUUCUGGCGGAUGAAAAGGGCGUCGACGUGUUGAACGAAAACACCCAGAUUCAAUCGCAGGUUCCUUCCUCUGCCGCUGACCCCCUACUUUAUUUUAGUGCUCUCGAGGUGCCCAGCCAACUCAUGUCGCCUGAAACCGUGGGCAAACGUUGGCCCUGGAUGGAUGUUUCCGACGUCCGAUUGGCCUCAUUUGAGGAGGGAGAAUUGACGACUCCUACUGCUGCUGCUGCUAUUGUUGAAAAUUUGGCAUGCGUAGCAAACGACAGAAAGGACCGCUGCCAAUUCCGCGUGAAUUGA